CAUAUGGACCCGAUGGCCACGUGACAUCGAAGUUUGAAACACCCACAAACAACUCUGACGACCUCCCUCAAGUGAUCCGCUUCUACCGCUUCUCAAUCAGAGUGCAAAUUACAUGCCAAACCUACCGAAACAACCGCAUUGUCAUUACUCAUUUUUCAGUUUCACCCACAACAAAAUGGAUCUGUUAUUUUCUCUUAGAAUCCUCAGAUUCAUACCCAUCGCAUUGUCGUUUUUCUUAUUGAAUCAAUUGAUUUCUUUGUAGCCCAUUUCUCUUUCUGUGAUAAUUGAUUCUUUUUCUUUUCUUUUUUCUCCAAUGAAAAUGGACGUCCCAUUUCAAGAAAAUAGCUACUUUUUGCCACUUGUCAAUGCAGCCUAUUUAAUAACAAGAUUGUAACUAAUAGAAACGCGGGUUGUUGGUUUUUUUUUUUUUUUUAGUUCGUAUAGAAAUUAUGUGUGACACUUUGGUGGCAAGAACGGGCCGGCAUCAGCAGCGGUAUGACUCCGGCUUUCGCCUUGUGGCUGGAUGCAUUCCAUAUAGAUAUAGAAAUUCUGAUGCAAGGAGUGAGGACUCAGAGAAGAUUCUAGAGGUUCUCAUGAUAAACUCACCUAGUGGUCCAGGACUUCUGUUUCCAAAGGGAGGCUGGGAGAAUGAUGAAACAGAUCAACAGGCAGCAAUUAGGGAAGCUAUUGAAGAAGCGGGAGUACGGGGAAAAAUAAUGAAAUUUCUCGGGUACUACCAAUUCAAGAGCAAAACCCACCAAGAUGAGUGCAGUCCAGAAGGUUUGUGUAAGGCUGCAGUGUUUGCUAUGCUAGUCGAGGAAGAACUUGAAUCAUGGCCAGAGCAGAACACACGAAGUAGGAAAUGGUUAACCGUAUCUGAAGCAGCAGAUAGUUGCCGGCACCCAUGGAUGAGGGAUGCUUUGAUUGGAGGCUUUUGCAAGUGGCAUGAUGAAAAUAUGCUUACCCAAGAAAUUGUAGCAGAUUAAGAUUGCUUUUAUUUUUCUUUUAAUUAUUACUUGUCUGUAUUUUCAAAUGGUUGAGUGGGUGCAUUGUCAAAUGCUCUAUACCAUUUCUUGUAUUUUCCAUUUUUUAUUUUGCACACUUUAUCUCUCUAUUUCUCUUUAUUUAGAUGUGAAACAUGUCAGAUGUUAGAAGUCAAGGCGCUAGUGGCUUUUGCAU